CUCCUGGAACAUGCAGAGAGAGGCAGGGUCGGUGCUGUGGGUGAAGUCAGGGGGUCUGAGCCAUCCCUGGGGUAUCAGAACAGUGUGAGCUGGGACAGGGACAGCUGGGGACAGUGGUUGGGGUCUGGCUGUACACAGUGGUCUCUGAAGGGCCAUGGAGCGUGAACGGAGGGUUCUGAGGGGCUGAAGCAGGUCUGAGGGCUGGAGGGAAUGGAGUGUGGGUGGAAGGAUGAGAUGGUUUGAGAGUGGGAGCCUCCCUGCAAGCAGCCUUGGUGCGUUCCCUGUGCCCAGUGCCACGCCCUUGCAGCGGCGCUCGGAGCCGAGCCAGGAAAAUCCUAGGGAGCUGCGGGGGCCUCUGGCUGCUCCUGGCAACUCUGUUGUGCUGCCAGCAGCUCGGCAGUCCCGGUCCCAGCUCCUCCGCAGGCCCCUGGGCGAGGAGGAGGCACCGCCGAGAUGGACCCGGAGCUGGAGGAGCGGGUGCGAGAGGCUUUCCAAGACAAGCUGCGGCUGCUGUGAGUGACACCCCUCUGCCCUCCCCGUGGCAGGUGACCAAAGGGCUGGCAACCAGGCCAGCGUGUCCUGCGUGCCCCGUGAUCUCGGUGUGUGUUCCCAUCUCCGGGUGCCACUGCCGGCAUGGCUGCCAGGGAAGAGGGGACCCUGCAGCCAUGGGCUGGGGGCAGGCAGGGCGAUUCCCCGGGGUCUAACAAGAAAGCUGAGAUUGUGGUGCAGCCCCCUUCCUUGGGGACCAGCGCUGGUGCUGGGGGGCUCCAAGUAGGGCAGGCUGAAGUGGGAGGGGUGGGCAAGAACGUGAAUGCAGGCAGGGCUAAGCCUGUGUGGCUCCUGACACCCGGGGCAGCGGGCCAGGCUCCCCGCGCUGAGCCCCGCGCACAGCGGUGGCCCGUGGCAGCCCUGCCCGUGGCAGAUGCCCUGCCCAGGCUUUCCCUCCGCAGCCCGGCCGAGCUGCACGCAGCCCGUGGCAGGACGGAGGCAGCGCGGGGCCCCGCCACGCUCCCUCCAUCCACCCGUGUGCUCCUGAAGAGGCGGGAGGUGGCGGAGGUGGAGCGGGAGCUGCAGAACCAGCGGCAGGAGUUCCAGCAGCGGAUGCAGAGCCUGGCGCAGCGCCGGCAGCAGCUGGCCCGGAGGCAAGAGCAGCACCGCGACGCCGUGCUCAGAUUCGACUCCUUCCUCAAGGCGGUGGCGGCCCGGCGGGAGCGGGAGCUGCGGCGGGCGGGCGAGGAGCGGGCGCGGGCGGCGGCGGAGCAAGCGGAGAGCGCCCGGCUGCAGCGGGAGCUGGAGCGGCUGCUGCGGCACCGGGAGCGCCUGGCCCGGCGCCUGCGGAGCCUCCGGCCCUUCGGGGACUACCUACGGGAUGCGCUGGCCAGGAUGGGGCAGUUUCAGGAUGUGCCGGCCAUGCUGGUGCAUUUCGGGGUGCUGGCGGGGGCGCGGGCAGCCCUGGCACGGGAGGCAGAAGCCGGGCAGGAGCAGCUGGCCCAGGGCAGGGCACAGCUCCAGCGGUACCGACAGGACACCAGCACCCAGCUCCUGGGCACCAGGAACGAGCUGGCCCGGCUCCACGCACGCCUGGAGGCUGCCCGCCAGGAUGUGCUCCAGUGGGAGUCCUGCUGGACCCACAUCCAGAGCACAGCCAUCCAGAAGACCCUGCUGCUGUGGCAGAUCAAGCUGGCUGUGCUGAACCUCUUCCAGCAGACCACUGCACAGCUCAGGAUCCCCACGGACAGAGCCCAGGAGGACACGAAGGCCCAGCUGGACAUGGUGCUGCUCUGCAUGAAGGCCCUGGCUGACAUCUGUGUCACUGGCACACACCCACAGCAGCACAGGAGUGCCAGGCUGAUUCGGGGCCAGGAAUAGCCCCUGGGGGCACCUGCCUGCUCCUGGGGCUGGGGUGGGGCUGCCAGGGCCAGCAUGAAGCCACAGAACCCCGGUGGAUGGAGGUAAUUCCUUCAAGUCUGGAAACCUCAUGUCAAGAGGCAACAUGGACAGCACUGGCACAGUCACACUGGGGUGGCACCACACCCAGGCAGGGCCAGGGCACUCCGGAGGUGCUCCUCCUGCACAGACCACCCCAGGCAGGAGGAUGAGGAUGAGAAGGAGGGAGCUGAAGGUGCUUCACAUCAAAAUACACCCAGUCGUGCA